GUAGGCUAUAAGUAUGGGGGCUUACCGUUAUGCUAAUCAGAUUGCGGGGUUGGGUUGUGGUGAGUUUUAAGAGGAUGCGGCUUUGCAGCCCAAACCGUGCCCGCCGGGAGCGCUGAAGGGCGGCUGUGCUGACUCCGCUUCAGCCUGGACGAGAGUUUCCCAUCUCAUUGGAUCAAAGGCUGAAGACUUUAUCUGCUCCACCCAGCCCCAGCCAUGUCUAUAAUGGACCAUAAUCCCACCACUGGCGUGGUUACUGUUAUAGUUAUUCUUAUUGCCAUAGCUGCCCUCGGUGCCUUAAUUCUGAGUUGCUGGUGUUACCUUCGUUUGCAAAAGCUCAGCCAGUCAGAGGAUGAGGAGAGCAUUGUUGGAGAAGGAGAGACCAAAGAGCCUUUUCUCUUGGUUCAGUACUCUGCCAAAGGACCUCGGGUGGAGAAGAAAAUAAAGCUGACACCGAAUGGCACAGACACACACAGCUAAGGCACUACAUCCCUCCAGCCAACAUGUGUGAAGAAAGCAGAACUAAUACUGUGAAAAUAAAAGACCCAUGUCUUGUUCGGAAGGCGUAUUUCCUCCCGAGCAGUGGUCUCUGACGCUGCAUACGUGCAGUACUUUUUCCUACAAUCCUUGAUUUCAUGCCAUGUGUUACUUGAAUGUGAUUCAUCCUUCUUCAGUAGACAGUUCCCCGGAAUGUGAACGUCCCUCCCCCGCACCCAGUGUACAUAACCUGCAUUUUUUAAACGCACCUUUGACUUAUCGUAUUAUGUUGAUGACCUGAUUUUAAGGGAGAAUUUUUUCUUUAACAAUGUCUUUUACACACUGAUGGAUCCUUUCAUAGUGAGCCUGUUUUUUCCUUGUGAUUCUAGACACUACAACCCCAUAUCCUUUCGGAAGGAAAGGGGUACGCCAUGGUGUGUUGGAUGUGUUAAAUUAGCUUUAAUCUUUAUAACUGCAGUGACUUUGCUAGUUCUGAUAGAUCGCCAAAUGGAGCCUGUGAUUGGCAAAAAGCCUUAUGAAACGUGUGCCAGGAGGCUCCCCUAGGAGACAGAAGUCGGCGGCAGACGAGUAGUUAAUGAUUAAAUUUUUUUUAUAAGGAUGAAAUGAGCAUUUUAGACUUUCAUGGCCGUUGCUACAUUUGUAUGUUUGUUGUCAUUGUCAUAAAUUAUUAUACUGAUGAAUAAUGUAUGCAGUGUUUUUACCAUUAACCGUGUCCUCUAUUUAGCACAAUGUUAGAGUUGGGGUAAAUGCUGCAGAAUGUUUAGCAUUUAACCCUUUUUAUUGGACAUAGAAGUCUAAAGUUGGAGUGAAUUUGGUUCUUUUGGUACCAGAUGACCAUCUUUAUAGGCUACAUUUCUGUAUAGGCUAUAGGUUACAUUUCUGUAUCCACCACAGACUGUAUCUAAUGCUCCUAAUAAAUGUGAAGCUUA